ACAGGGGGGGGGACCUGAUCCUAGAUCAUAAUGAAUCAGAUUACAUGGAGAGGGGGGACCUGAUCCUAGAUCAUAAUGAAUCAGAUUACAUGGACAGGGGGGACCUGAUCCUAGAUUAGCACUCCUCAUCUGAGACACUGCCUGUAUGAAUAAGGAAUGCUGUUGUAAAGUCUAGUUACAGCAGGUAUUUACUGCCAUCUAGUGGAAGAUACCAAUACAACCCUUUAUUAUCAGGGUGGGGAGAUGGCUGAGUGCAGGAUCCAUGGUGAGAUGACAGAGCAGAAAACACUGUAUGGAGAGAAGUACAAAUAAAGUAUUUGUGAACAAUAAAGGACAGAGAAAGAGAAUAAAUACCUGGAAAGACAUUUUAUUACUAGUUAGUAGAUCUCACAGGGUUCUGUCGUCAUUAUUUUACCAUACACCAGUGACGUCAGAAGGGACGUGAUUUCCUCAGAUGAAAGUGAAAGUAAGGGUGUGGUCUACGCCUUUAUAAAACAGCUGUUGAAACUGUAGCGCACGUUUCUCGGCAACAUUAGAAGCAGGAUAAAUGUGUUGAUUUGAAGCACAGACGGACAGACUCUGGGGACAGUGCUCUAAAAUGAGUCUCUCUGGGGAGAGAGAGGAGGGGGGCCCUGCCUCUAAAAUGCAUCUCUCUGGGGGACAUGACACCAAAGCUAAGAGUCCAAUCAAGCAGGAGAGACCAGCCUCCCCUGUACCCAGCUGUGUGUCCAUGAAGAGUGACUGGUCUAUGAGUCAACCUAUACACUUUAGAGAGGGAGACUUUUCUACUGAACAAAGUGUGGAACAUGGUGGAGAGAACAGAAUGAAACCUGGGCUUAGAAAAUAUGUCUGUGAUCUCACACUGGACCCAAACACAGUAAACAGAUUCUUCUCUCUGUCUGAGGAGAACAGAAAGGUGACAUGUAGGAGAGAGGAGCAGCCGUAUCCUGAUCACCCAGAGAGAUUUGAGUACUGGAGACAGGUGCUGUGUAGAGAGGGUCUGACUGGGCGCUGUUACUGGGAGGUAGAGUGGAGUGGGGGAGGGGCUAAUAUAGGAGUGACAUAUGAAGGAAUCAGCAGGAGUGGAGGGGGUAAUGACUGUGGUCUUGGACACAAUGACAAGUCCUGGAGUCUGUUCUGCUAUGACAACGGUUACAUUGCCUGGCACAAUAAUAAUUCCACUACCAUAGACGUCCACCCCUCCGGCUCCCACAGAGUAGGAGUGUAUCUGGACUGGCCAGCCGGCACUCUGUCCUUCUAUAGAGCCUUCUCUGACACACUGACCCACCUGUACACAUUCACCUCCACAUUCACUGAGCCCCUCUAUCCAGGGUUUGGGCUUUGGGAUGAUGGUGACUCAGUGUCCCUCUGUCAGUGAUACACACACUGGACACACUGGAUACACACACACACACACACACUCACACUGGACACACACACACACUCACACUGGACACACACACACACACACACUCACACUGGACACACACACACACACACACACUGGACACACACACACACACACACUGGACACACACACACACUGUACACACACACACACUCACGCUGGACACACACACACACUCACACUGGACACACACACACUCACACUGGACACACACACACUCACACACUGGACAGAUACACACACACUGGACACACACACACACACUGGACACACACACACUGGACACACACACACACACUGGACACACACACACUGGACACACACUCACACUGGACACACACUCACACUCACACUGGACACACACUGGAUGCACACACACACACACACUCAUACUGGAAACACACACACACACACUGGACACACACACACACACACACACACACUGGACACACACACACACACACACACACUGGACACACACACACACACUGGAAACACACACAUACACACACACACACACACACUGGACACACACACACACACUGGACACACACACACACUGAAAACACACACAUUCACACUGGACACACACUCACACUGGACACACACACAGACACACUGGACACACACACUCACACUGGACACACACAGGACACACACACUCUGGACACACACACACACACACACACUGGACACACACACACACUGGAAACACACACAUACACACACACACACACACACACACACACACACUGGACACACACACACACACUGGACACACACACACACUGGAAACACACACACACACUGGACACACACACAGACACACUGGACACACACACAGACACACUGGACACACACACAGAUACACUGGACACACACACAGACACACACACUCACCCUGGACACACACUGGACACACACACACACACACACACACACUGGACACACACACACUGGACACACACUGGACACACACACACACACUGGACACACACACACUCACACUGGACACACACACACUCACACUGGACAAACACACACACUCACACUGGACACACACUGGACAGAUACACACACACUGGACACACACACACACUGGACACACACACUCACACUGGACACACACACUCACACUGGACACACACACACACUCACACUGGACACACACACAGACACACUGGACAGAUACACACACACUGGACACACACACACACACACACACUGGACACACACACACUGGACACACACACACACACACUUACUGGACACACACACACACACACACACACACACACACACUGGACAGAUAUACACACACACUGGACACACACACACACACACUGGACAAACACACACACCCACACACACACACACUGUAGAAACACACACACACACACACAUGCGUGUCUUCCUAUAAUUCUGACAAUAACAUCGUUAAAAUACCAAUGUGAUCAUUUGUUGUCUUUAUGUUGAAUAACAAAUUGUAUAAUUAUAUAUGGACAUACGCUCCAUAGUUGUACAAGUAUACAAGGAUAUAUUGUACUUUUCAUAAUAAAACAUAGUUGAAACAAGAAAAGCA